AUGUCUGACGGGCUCUCACAGCCGCUUGACGCGGUCUCGGGCCCAAAGCCCGGCAGCGACAGCAUGAAUGCGGAGCGCCUCGUGAGCGAGCGCGGCGGCGAGGCGGCCACGCUGGAUUCGGAUUUCUGCAAGGCCCUGCAAGGUAUCGAGACGCACGGCUACCUCAAGUCGUACUUUACUCUGCCCGAGCACGCUCGCAGCGGCCUGUCUGUAUAUCACGUCGGCGAUAUUGCUCUGCCUCUUGGAGAGAUUCAAGCGCGUCAGAUCAUGGGCCAAGCGAAGCCGCCCGGCCUUGACAUUCUUCCAUGGGAGCUGAAUUCCACGCAGUUUAAAUUGGAUUACAGCGUGUGGGAAGGCCGCCUCAAGGCUUUAUACAGGCACAUUGCUCCUGGCCUUGGCCAAGGUCAGGACUGGAUAGACUCGAUCCGCGCAGAGCCCAGCGCAGUACUGCUCAUGGAAAAAGGAGCGGCUCCCGAUCUUGGUUAUAACCGGGAUGGGGCAGGAUAUAUCAUGGUAUACCUGCCCACUGCAGACCUCCAGGGCGGCAGGAUUGUAACCGAGGUUGGCGGCCGAGCAAAGAUUGUGUUCAAUCCCAACAAGACGGAAGAGCAUUUUGCUAGUUGGUUUCCGAGUUCUAGGCCGCAGCCCGUCAAAUCAGGACGCGCUCUGGCGAUACAGUUCACCUUCGUUCCGAUAAAGGGCAACAUCAGUGGAACCGCUCUCCUCUGGCGGAAUGAGACGCGAGCAAUCCGCCAUACCCUCAAGCGAUGGCUUUCCAAGGAUGCUGGAUCCCGUGAGAGGGUUGCACUCUAUCGCCCCAUCGUUCGCAACGCCAGGAGCGGCAAGCUAUGUCUAAAAGAGCUUAGAAUGGCAGAUGAUGGCCAACUUCAGAUUCUUAACAAAAUAUCUGAUAAUUUUGGCUUCAAACUGUACCUCGGGCAUAUUGAACGUGACCAGAAGCAGCGUGAAGAUAGCGGCGCCUAUGAAGACAUACAAGGAGGCACUCGCAUCGCAAAACUGUUAGACUUGGAUGGGCGCUUGGUGACCAAAAAUCUCCGCCUUGACGAGGCUCACGUCCCUAAAGGGUUCUUUGAUUGCAUUCGUAAUUGGGAAUCACUGUGGAGCCAGUCUAAGUUGCUGGUACAUAAAGGCUUUAUGGAAUUUUUUGUUGUUGUCCCCUGCGAUGCGAUAGUACCAUUUUUCGUCCAACGUGGCGGCGACAAUGAUCUUUCGGCAAAGGAGGGAAUUCCAAAAGCACUUGGCGCGUACGCCAGAAUGUGCCUAAAGAGUCAAUGCUCGAAGAGCACGCUUUCCGUGUUCCAAGAAUUAUGCGAGCUUAUGUGGGACCCCCCACGGAAUGCAUCUGAAGGAGACACGCAAAGCCUUUUCUCAAAGCAUAAGCCAGAAUUCCACAAGAAUGACCUCAUUGACGUGUUCAAGGCCACAAUUCAGUUGAAGUGGUAUCCGUGGUUUGAGAAAAUAGCCGCUGCCCACGAAGGAGCCUUGUCAACAUCAUUCUUCGGCUGGGUGCCUGAGUAUUUUCACAGAAGCACUGUGAAAAUUGAUAAAUGGUUUGGGCCUCUUGAGAAAGGGUUAUCUGCCGCGGUUCUCUCAUACCCUCGAGCCAAACAGCAAGUCAGGGCGGUAGAGACUCUGUUUCCCAUCAUCAUGGCAGACACGGGCCGACUGGUCCCCUGCCCCCCCGAAUGCCUCAUUCGCUGGGCUCGCCAGGUGCUACAGGAGUGUAUCAAGACUUGCGGAUCUAAAAAGCUCGAUAGAAAAGAUGGGGAAGCAUUAGUCAAGCUUGCUCUGUACUUUGACGAUCCGAUUGCUGUUAUAUCACAAGUGGGGAAUGAAAUCGAUCCAGGAAGUAAGCCCGACGCGUACCUUGGGUUUAUCAACGAAAUAGACCUUUUCGGCCGCUACGACUGGAUCUCGUACGAACAGUCACGGGAGCUCUACUGCGAGGCUUCAAGAGCUUUUAUAACGUCAACGGCCUUUGCACAGAUUCACGGUAAAGAAAAAGAUGACAGCAAUGAAGCAGACUUCCUCAGUCGCUUUGUUUUUGGCGGAUCUGGGGCCGAGUUUCCGAUGGAGCACGAUGAAAGUGGCUCUGAUGAUGGAAUUGCGGAUGAGAUGAUGGAUUCCGACAAUGAUUUCUUGGAAGAUUAUAUGCCAGGUGCCCGAAAUUACAUGCCAGAUGGAAUUGACUCUGACAUGGACCUGGAUGAGCCUGGCUUGGACCCGUGGGGAUACGAGGCGCAUAGCCAUAACCAUAACCACCGCGACUACAAAGCAUACAAGGCAUAUCAAGAAUUCGAACUGAAUGGCGGCAAGCCAGAGACUGAGGUCGUGGAAAGUCAAGUCCAGUCCGCGACUCUCGGCCUUUGGCUACAGCAAGUCAUGAACACGAGCACAAAAUACGACGACAUAUUAUCACUGGCUCUUUCCAAGAUAGGCGAGGUGGCGCCACAAAUAUCCAGCGCAGAUUUUCACACUUUGUGGUUUCCUGUUCUGCGGGCGAUAUCUCCCAAGUUGGGUCGUCUCAGUCUUGAGAGGGCCAAGGAUUCCAAUACGCUGCUUUGGCGCAAAAGCAUUUAUACCCUGGUCAAAGCCUAUCUCGACAAUCAUGUGGGGAAGUGGCCUCGGCGUCCUAAGCUCGCGCAGAAAGGGGUUGAGUGCGAUUGUGCCGAUUGCAAGGGGCUCAAUGUUUUCUUGGCUGAUGUUUCGGUGAAAACCGGGCAUUUUCUUGCAAGUAAGAAGCGGACCACUCAUCUAGUAAGGGUCACUUCCAAAGAGGACACCGAUAUAUACACUGAACGUAAGGAAGUCGAGGGAAAUCCCCAGAAGGAGGAGUUAGUCUUGACAAAGUCUCGAAAAAAGAUGCUUGCGACGGCUCGUAUGGCGUGGAGAGAACGCCGGGACGAAGCAACCAAGCAGCUGGGCACCUUUGAGCAAAAGCAUCUUGCGGCCAUGCUGGGGCCCGAAUGGAUGACGCUUUUUAGCAUGGCGCAUCUUGGGGGGCCUAGCUUGAGUGAUUUGGAUAUGCGGAGGGCGUUGAGGUUGAAGACUGAAAGGGAGAACAUACCGAGGGGGCCUGCUUAUAUGGAUCCUUCGACGAUUGCAAUGUUCUUUGGUGGUCUUCCUUCUAUGAGUAUGGGGGAGAAUUACAAUUACAUGUAUAUUUGA